UUGGGCAGCACAGCACGUCAGCGUAAACAUCCCCGGCCGCCGUGACACCUGUACAACAGCUUGGGAACGGAAGAAUUUCACCAUGUUGCAAUUACACUUUCUAGAUGACUUGAGACGCAUGAACAUACGUCAGCUCUUCUAUCAAGUGCUCAACUUUGCUAUGAUAGUAUCAUCAGCACUGAUGAUAUGGAAAGGAUUAAUGGUGGUCACAGGUAGCGAGAGUCCCAUUGUGGUUGUUCUGAGUGGAAGCAUGGAGCCAGCAUUCCACCGUGGGGAUCUCCUCUUCCUGACCAAUUAUGACCAUGAGCCUAUUCGUGCUGGUGAAAUAGUGGUAUUCAAGGUUGAAGGACGUGAUAUACCCAUUGUUCACCGUGUAUUGAAGGUUCAUGAAAAGGAAGAUGGAACUGUCAAGUUUUUGACAAAAGGAGAUAACAACAAUGUAGAUGACCGUGGCCUUUAUGCCAAUGGACAGGCCUGGCUAAGUCGCAAAGAUGUUGUCGGACGGGCGCGUGGUUUUGUACCAUAUAUUGGCAUAGUCACAAUUAUCAUGAAUGAUUAUCCAAAAUUCAAGUAUGCUGUGCUAGCUGGCUUAGGAGUUUUUGUAUUAAUACAUAGAGAAUGAGAGGAGCUGCAUUACAUUUGAGAUUUGAUAAAUCAGGAGGAGAAUAAAUUAGAAAUAAUUGGUA